AAUAAAAAAGCUGCAACUUCUGACAAUAAUUUCACGCCAAUUAUUUCAGCUCAAAUUUCUUUCUUUUUCCUUUUUCCUUUUUCUGAAUUUCUCGGAAACCAAACACCAACCGAAAUCCUCUUCUCCGCGAUUCUCCACAAUCAAAAGCGAUUUACGCUUGGUCUCUUCGCGAUCCGAUCUUGCUGAGAGUGGUUGAGCUUUGGAAAAAUUAGCUGCAUGAGCUGGCUCGGGAAGCUGCGUUUAUUCUCGAAUUUGAAUUCAUUUCACUUCAUUACUUGUUUGUUAAUUUUUAUCCUCCAUUUCUCACCUCAAUCACGCUCUUCUUUCUUCAAUUUCGAGAGUAAUUCCCUCGAACCGUUAUUAAUCAACAUUAACAGUAAUCUCAAUCGUAAUAGCGGAUUAUCUUCACGGUAUGGAGUCCCGAUUUAAGAGUAAUCCCCAAUUACGCAGAGGUCUUUGCCAUGCAAACGUUGACGGCCAGCAGGAGAGGUCACCUUCUGUUAUUGUAGUAGGCGGUGGCAUGGCUGGGAUUGCUGCUGCUCGUGCACUUCAUGAUGCCUCAUUUCAGGUUGUUCUCUUAGAAUCACGCGAGAGACUUGGGGGCCGAAUUCACACUGAUUACUCGUUUGGCUUUCCUGUUGACCUGGGUGCAUCAUGGUUGCAUGGAGUUUGCAACGAGAAUCCACUGGCUCCAUUGAUUGGGAGGCUGGGACUACCUCUUUACCGUACUAGUGAGGAUAAUUCUGUCCUUUAUGAUCAUGACUUGGAAAGCUAUGCACUCUUUGAUAUGGAUGGGAAUCAAGUUCCCCAAGAGUUGGUAACAAAAGUUGGUAAAAUAUUUGAAAUGAUUUUAGAGGAGACUGAUAAUGUACGACAGGAAUUCAGUGAAGACAUGUCCAUACUCCGUGCACUUUCAAUUGUUUUUGAAAGAAAGCCAGAAUUUAGGUUGGAGGGGAUUGCUCACAAGGUGCUUCAGUGGUAUUUAUGCAGAUUGGAGGGCUGGUUUGCUGCAGAUUCUGAAGCCAUAUCACUGAAAGGAUGGGAUCAGGAAGUAUUGCUCCCUGGUGGUCAUGGUCUUAUGGUCAGGGGCUACCUGCCUGUUAUACAUACCCUAGCCAAGGGUCUUGACGUUCGCUUGGGACACAGGGUCACGAAAAUUGUUAGGCAAUAUAAUGGAGUAAAGGUGAUGGUGGAAAAUGGGAAAACAUUUUUUGCUGAUGCUGCUAUUGUUGCUGUACCUCUUGGGGUGCUGAAAGCAAAGAGCAUAAAAUUUGAGCCAAAGCUCCCAGACUGGAAAGAAGCUGCCAUUACUGAUAUUGGGGUUGGGAUUGAGAAUAAAAUAAUUUUAAAAUUUAAAAAUGUAUUUUGGCCUAAUGUGGAGUUCUUGGGAGUAGUUGCAGAGACAUCUUAUGGAUGCAGCUACUUUCUUAAUCUCCACAAGGCUGCGGGUCAUCCUGUCCUUGUUUACAUGCCUGCUGGGCAGCUGGCCAAAGACAUUGAGAAAAUGUCUGAUGAAGCAGCUGCUAACUUUGCUUUCACGCAGCUCCAGAAGAUCCUUCCAGAUGCUUCUUCACCGAUUCAGUAUCUUGUGUCCCGAUGGGGUACAGAUAUUAAUUCACUAGGUUCUUAUAGCUAUGAUGCAGUCGGGAAACCACAUGAUCUGUAUGAGAGGUUACGGGUCCCCGUAGAUAAUUUAUUCUUUGCAGGGGAAGCAACAAGUAUGUUGUAUUCGGGGUCUGUGCAUGGUGCAUUCUCUACUGGAAUGAUGGCCGCUGAGGACUGCAGGAUGCGUGUCUUGGAGCGUUAUGGGGAGCUAGAUUUGUUCCAGCCAGUGAUGGGAGAGGAGGCUUCAAUUAUACCACUUUUGAUCUCGCGUUUGUAAUCUUUGGGACGCCUUGCGCAAUCCCCUUAUAAGUGGCAUGUCUGUUGUUGAUGUUGUGUUAAUCUAUUGAUUAAAUGACAUGUUCACCCAUUUAGUUAUAUUUGCUAAUAAAAAUAGGAACCGCCUUCUUCUUGUUUUUUUUUUUUUUUGAGCUCAGCCGUUUGUGACUGCAGAGAUUGGUGGGACAAUAGUAUAUCAUGUAUGGAUGUUUGGUUGACGAAACAAUUCAUCCUGAAACAAGUCUA